CCGGGGCUGCAAUGGCGCUCCCGCAGGCCGAUCCCGAGGAGUGCUGCGUGCUGCUGGUGUCCGAGCUGCCGGCCAAGGGCUGCUGCCCCGAGGACAUCUCCAACCUGGCCAGGCCCUUCGGGGGCCUGCGCGACCUGCUCGUGCUCUCCUCCCACAAAAAGGCGUACCUGGAGAUCCCGCGCAGAGCCGCGGAGUCCAUGGUGAAGUUCUACGGCUGCUUCCCCAUGUGCCUGGACGGGAAGCAGCUCCGCAUCCGGCACGAGCCGCGGCACCGCUCCCUGCGCGACGAG